GAGUACAAUGGGAAUCCCGGAAGUACGGUGGGAAUCCCGGGAGUACGAUGACAAUCCAGAAAAUCCCGGGAGUACGAAGUCCGCCGUUUCCCCCUAGGUGAUAACUAUGUUACAAUCAAUUACGGAAACAUUGGUUCUCAGUGGGUAAGAGGGAAUUUCGGGUCAUUUUUAAUGUCACAUCGAACGAUCGGGUUAUUCGAAUUCGUAUUUCCAUUAUUUUUUGCGACUGUCAUACAUACUAAUUCCAUACAGCUCGAUUAGUUUUCAUCUACGUAAUUCCAACUAGUUUCAAUCAAUUCUGAAAAGUAUCGUUCUAGUCGUCGGAACUUACCAAAAAAAACGUACUGAAAUCCGGUUGUAAAGCAUUUAGUGAAAUCGGUCGAUUCUGGCCGAGUAAGAACGAUCUGGGAUGCAACUAUGAACAUGAGACCAUUUCUCUACGACUCAGGAAAGUUAAUCUUGUAAUUUACUUCAUUGUAGAAAGAUUGUAGUCAUUGAGGAAGUAUUCAUUUGUGAAUCGUAUCUAUGAAAAUUUUACCAAGAAUUAUCGCAAACAGUCUUUUCGUAUUUGUCAAACUGGAAAGUAUUAUUUCAAGUUUCUACUUUUGAUGUGAAUACCAUGUGAACAUAAACGAAUGAAAUUGAGACUCGAAGGGUGAUUUUUCAAUCGAAUACAAUUUUCAAGUUUGAUACUACUGCUCACUUCUUCUCCAUCAAACUUAUAUGGAGUUACUCAGAAUAGCUAUGUGUUGUAAAUCUUAUUGAUUUGAAUCUUUAGUAAUUGUUCGUGAAUUCUUAUAGCACUAUGCAUUUGACAAGGGUGUAUGGGGAACUACGGCAGUCAAUCUAGGAACCACUUAUGAUUAUAGCUCGAUUAUGCAUUAUGGUGCAGAUUACUUUUCAAGUAACGGUCGACCAACAAUAGUACCUAAACAGGUCAAUGCUCCAAUUGGCAGUCGUGACAAGCUUAGCCCAACAGAUAUUGUUGAAGUUCGCAAAUUCUAUGGAUGUGUUGCUUAA